UUGACAUUCUGACAAAAAAAAAAAAAAAAAAAAAUCUAUUCUCUGGGUCCAAACUUCAAAGUUCAAAAUAUAACGCUUAACUUUAAAACAAAUCCUAGCGAUUUUCCUCAAAUCUAAUUCUGGGUAUUCACUUCGAAUUUUCCUUAAAACCCCAUAAAAAUUGGUGAUUCAUAGAAGAAAUUAACAAUGAAAGCGGUAGUUAUAACAAGCCCAGGAGGUCCAGAAGUACUGCAAUUGCAAGAGGUAGAAGACCCCCAAAUUAAAGAUGAUGAAGUUUUAAUCAAAGUUGAAGCAACUGCCCUUAAUCGAGCAGAUACCAUUCAGAGGAAGGGCUCCUACCCUCCCCCUCCUGGGGCUAGUCCUUAUCCUGGUCUAGAAUGUUCUGGAACCAUCCUUCAACUUGGCAACAAUGUCACUCGCUGGAAAGUUGGUGAUCAGGUGUGUGCGCUUCUUAGUGGAGGAGGUUAUGCUGAGAAAGUGGCUGUUCCUGCAGGACAGGUUCUUCCUGCCCCAGAUGGUGUUUCUCUCAAGGAUGCUGCAAGUUUCCCAGAGGUGGCAUGCACUGUUUGGUCAACUGUUUUCAUGACAAGCCGACUUUCUGCAGGAGAAGCAUUUUUGGUUCAUGGGGGCUCUAGUGGCAUUGGCACUUUCGCUAUUCAAAUAGCUAAAUAUUAUGGAGCCAAAGUAUUUGUAACUGCAGGUACUGAAGAAAAGCUGGCAUAUUGUAAAGAUCUUGGAGCUGAUGUGUGUAUCAAUUACAAGACAGAAAAUUUUGUUGGGAGAGUGAAAGAAGAGACAGCUGGAAAAGGUGUUGAUGUUAUAUUAGACAACAUGGGAGGAGUUUACUUGCAGCGAAACAUUGACAGCUUGAAUUUAGAUGGGCGGCUUUUUAUUAUUGGCUUCCAAGGUGGAUCUACCUCACAAAUUAACCUUGCAAGUUUAGCAGCAAAGAGACUCACGGUGCAAGCUGCUGGCCUGCGGAAUAGAACUCCAGAGAACAAAGCACUUAUUGUGAAGGAAGUAGAGAAGAAUGUGUGGCCUGCUAUCAAAGAGAAGAAGGUGAAGCCUGUAGUUCACAAGUACUUUUCUCUCUCACAGGCAGCUGAAGCCCACCAGCUUAUGGAAAGUAGCAAGCAUAUUGGCAAAAUAUUGCUUCUUCCAUGAUAGAUGAGAUGCUUCUACCAAUCAGCCCGACUCAGAACAAAUGCAGUAAAUAUUCCCCUAGAAACAACCUAAAUGGCUGAUUGUUCUAGCCAUAGUCCAUUGUAUUAUCUAUGUUGGAUCUGUAAGUUUUUGAGAAGAUCUACAGUCAAUAAAUGAAAUCUUACGUUGUUGAGAUUUUAAUGGAUUGUUUCCUUAAGAUGCUUAUUUGACAUAUAAGUAUAUUUUUCACUUGUGCA